UAUUUAAUCAGUCAUUUACGGAGUAGCAGAGACCUCGGCAAGAAUCAUCUGCUCUGGAUCAGCAACAAAAUGGAGGAACCUGCUUCGGAAAUGAGCCCCUCUAUGGAGCGUAAAACAAAGGGGACUGAGAGUGUCCUGAUGGAGAGAGCAGACUCCCCUGUACCCAGCUGUGUUUCCAUGAAGAGUGACAGGUCAAUGCCCCCCCCACUCAACUUCAGAGAGGGACCUUUACCUUCAGAUCAAAGAGACCAAAUGGCUGAAUGCAGAUCAGAUCUACAGGAUAAACUGGGUUUAUCAUUCAUAUUGAAGUCACUAGAGGAAAAUGCUGUGAGGUUCCUGAAGGAUGAGCUGAAGAAGAUCAUGAGGUACCUAGAUCAGAAUUACCCAGAAUCCUCUGGGCCUCAGCUGGAGGAGGACAAUGACCUGGACUGUGAUGGUCAGAUGCAGAAGACCUGUGGUAGAGAGGGAGCUCUGAAGAUCACACUGUACAUCCUGAGGACCAUGAAGCAAAAUGAUCUUGCUGACAUGCUGGAGAAGAGACAGCUCAUGCUGCAACAUCAGCAGGAAAUCAAAUGUAAACUUAAGAAGCAAUUUGAGUGUGUAUUUGAAGGGAAAGCUAAGGAAGGACAGCCAACACUUCUCAGUGAGAUUUACACAGAACUCUACAUAACUGAAGGUGGGACUGGAGCAGUCAAUGAUGAACAUGAAGUGAGACAGAUUGAAACAGCAUCCAGGAAAAGGCGAACAGAAGAUACUACAGUCAAGUGCAAUGAUAUAUUUAAACCCUUAUGUGGGCGUGAGGCACCUAUCAGAACUGUACUCACUAAAGGGGUGGCAGGUAUCGGGAAAACAGUCUCUGUGCAGAAAUUUAUUCUCGACUGGGCAGAAGGAAAAGCAAACCAGGAUGUUCACUUCAUAUUUGCUCUUCCUUUCCGGGACCUGAAUUUGAUUAAGGGUGAAUACAGUCUGAUUGAACUGCUUCACCACUUUGUCCCAGAACUGAAAUCAUUUCAAUCCACUGAGCUGUUUAGGUACAAAGUCUUGUUCAUCUUUGAUGGUCUUGAUGAGUGUCGCCUUCCUCUGGAUUUUCAGAACAAUGAGAGCUGGUUUGAUGCAACAAAGAAAACGUCACUGGAUGUGCUGUUGACUAACCUCAUUAAGGGGAAUCUGCUCCCAUCGACUCUCCUCUGGAUAACCUCCCGGCCAGCAGCAGCCAAUCAGAUACCUGCUAAGUGUGUCCAUCAGGUGACAGAGAUACGAGGGUUCAGUGAUGCCCAGAAGGAGGAGUAUUUCAGGAAGAGAUUUAGUGAUCAGAGCUUGGCCAGCAGGAUUACCACACAUGUGAAAUCAUCAAGGAGCCUCUUCAUCAUGUGCCACAUACCUGUGUUCUGCUGGAUUUCAGCCACUGUGCUUAAGAGGCUUUUUAGUGAGACUGAUAGGGGAGAAAUUCCAAGGACUCUGACUGAAAUGUACACACACUUCCUGAUCUUUCAGACAAGUUUAAAAAAUGACAAGUAUAUGAAAAACCAUGAAACUAAGAUUAUGGAAUACAGCAAGGAAUUCCUUUUAAAACUUGGUAAACUUGCUUUUGACAAUCUUGAGAAAGGCCAUCUCAUAUUUUAUGAGCAAGAUCUGACAAGGAAUGGCAUUGAUGUCAGUGAAGCUUCAGUUUACUCUGGAGUGUGCACAGAAGUCUUUAAAGAGGAGUAUGGGUUGUACCAGGAGAAGGUGUACUGCUUUGUGCAUCUGAGCAUCCAGGAGUAUUUCGCUGCUUUAUAUAUGUUUCUGUCAAACUCAUCAGCUGACCUCCUGAAGACUGCAGUGGAUCAGGCAUUAGAGAGCAAGAAUGGACACUUGGACCUCUACCUCCGCUUCCUCCUGGGCCUCUCAACAGACUCCAGUAAGACUCUGUUACAAAGGCUACUGGGGCCGACAGAAACCAGCUCACAUACCAUUAAGGAAACAGACCAAUACAUCCAUCCAUCCAUUUUCCAAAUCACUUAUCCAUCAGGGUCGCAGGAGGUCCAGAGCCUAUUCCGGAAGCCAUGGGCACAAGGCAGGGAACAACACAGGAUGGGGGGCCAGCCCAUCACAGCCGCCCAAUACAUCCAUCCAUGCAAUUUCCAAACCUCUUAUCCAUCAGGGUCGCAGGAGGUCCAGAGCCUAUUCCGGAAGCCAUGGGCACAAGGCAGGGAACAACACAGGAUGGGGGGCCAGCCCAUCACAGCCGCCCAAUACAUCCAUCCAUGCAAUUUCCAAACCUCUUAUCCAUCAGGGUCGCAGGAGGUCCAGAGCCUAUUCUGGAAGCCAUGGGCACAAGGCAGGGAACAACCCAGGACGGGGGGCCAGCCCAUCACAGCCGCCCAAUACAUCCAUCCAUUUAAUUUCCAAACCACUUAUCCAUCAGGGUCGCAGGAGGUCCAGAGCCUAUUCCGGAAGCCAUGGGCACAAGGCAGGGAACAACACAGGAUGGGGGGCCAGCCCAUCACAGCAACCCAAUACAUCAAGGAGAAAAUAAAGGAGAAUUUAUCUCCAGAAAGGACCAUCAACCUGUUCCACUGUCUGACUGAGCUGGGUGACAAUUCUCUAGUAGAGGAAGUACAAAGAUACCUGAAUUCAGGAAACAUUUCAGCAGAUGACCUCUCACCUGCACAGUACUCAGCUCUGGCCUUUGUGAUGCUGAUGUCAGAUGAGGAGCUGGAUGUGUUUGACCUGAAGAAAUACAUCAGAUCAGAUGAAGAGCACUGCAGGCUGCUGCCUGUGGUCAAGAACUCCAGGACGGCUCUGCUGAACAGCUGUGAUCUCAUAGAUAAACACUGUGAAGUGCUGUCUUCAGCCCUAAGAUCAAACUCUCCCCCCCUGAGAGAGCUGGACCUGAGUGAUAAUAACCUGAAAGAUUCAGGAAUGAAGCUGCUCUCUGCUGCACUGGAAGAUUUACACUGUAAACUGGAGAUAUUGAGGGUGGGCCGGUGUGAACUCACAGAGAAAUGCUGUGAGGCACUGGCUUCAGCUCUCAGAUCAAACUCCUUACCCCUGAGAGAGCUGGACCUGAGUAACAAUGACCUGCAGGACUCAGGAGUGAAGCUGCUCUCUGUUGGACUGGAGGACUUACACUGUAAACUGGAGAUACUGAGACUGUCAGGCUGUAGAGUCACAGAAGAAGGCUGUUCUUCCCUGGCUUCAGCUCUGAGGUCAAACCCCUCACACCUGAGAGAGCUGGACCUGAGCUACAAUCACCCAGGAGACUCAGGAGUGAAGCUGCUCUCUGCUGUACUGGAGGAUCCCAGCUGUAAACUGGAGAAGCUGAAUGUGGAUUACGGUGGAGAGUGCAGGACCAGACCAGGCUUACAGAAAUACUCCUGCCAGCUGACGCUGGACCCCAACACAGCAAACAGACUCCUGUCUCUGUCAGGGGGGAACAGGAAGGUGACAGGGGGGGCAGAGCAGCCAUAUCCUGAUCAUCCAGAGAGAUUUGACAGCUGGAGCCAAGUUCUGUGCAGAGAGAGUCUGACUGGCCGCUGUUACUGGGAGGCUCAGUGGGAUGGAGAUGCAGCCUGGAUAGGAGUGACUUAUAAAGGGAUCAGGAGGGAAGCAGGGAGGGGCUGUGGGCUUGGAGCCAAUAACAAGUCAUGGUGUCUGUACUGUAAUACUAACAGUUACUCUGUCUGGCACAAUAAUAAACAGACUCUCAUACCCAUACAGCCCUCAGACUCCCACAGAGUAGGAGUGUAUCUGGACUGGGGGGCUGGUGCUCUGUCCUUCUACAGAGUCUCCUCUGAUGGACUGACCCCCCUGCACAGAUUCACCUCCUCAUUCACUGAGUCCCUCUAUCCAGGGUUUGGGGUUUAUAGAAACUCCUCAGUGUCACUGUGACGUGUUGCUGGUUCUCCUGGCAAAAAGGUAAAAUCUCUGCUUCUUAACCUUUAUAAUCCUUUUUACUCUGAAAUGUACAGUACUGUGCAAAAGUCUUAGGCAGCCAAAGAAAAUGAUGUUUAGAUUAUCCUCCUGUUGGUGUAAAACUAUGAUAUGAUGCCUGUCAAAGUGUGUCAGCUUCGCCAUUUCAGAACCUCUGCUAAAAUCAUCCCAGUAUUUGCAGUGACCGUCCAGUGCAGCCAUGCAUUUUUGACUUGGCCACUAACAGACCUCAUACAGCUAGUCAAUCUCUCACUGACUUUUUAAACCAAUAUAUUUAAUUAUUUAAUUCAGCUGUUGGUGAAAUUUAACAAAAUCAUGGAACGGCUGAGUUGCCCCUGGGGAGAAGUUUGGGAACUGAAGCGGUGUUCAUCUAGCCAUCCAACUAGAUAUCAGUAACUUUUUAGGAAACAGAAGAAAUUAUUACUAGUUUUUAUUGUGUUACUUUUAAUUUGCACACGUUCUAAUGUUAAAUUGUGUAUUUUGUUCUAAGCCAAAGUGCACUUGCUACCCAGAUAAACAGCUGUAAACAUUUCUUUGGACUAAGACUUUUACACAGUACUGUGUGUUUGACAAAAAAUAAAUGACUGUCUUCAGUGAGCUAAAUAACAUGAAAAAUAUAGUUUUAAUAGUUUAUCUCUCUGACUAAAAUGUAAUUAAAUGUAAUCCUGAUUGGGGGGGG